AUGCGGCCGCUGCAGUGGCUGCCCGUGGUGGAGGAGCCCGACCCUCUGGAGCGCCGCUUCCUCGCGCGCAGCCCCGCCGCCGCCCUCGCCGAGGGCACAUUCCGGAGCGUGCCGACGAUGAUGGGGAUCAACUCCAGGGAGGGGAUGGUCUUGUUGGCGGGCAUGAACCGGCGGAGUCUGGCGCGCCUGCUGCAGCGCGUCGACCGCGACUUCGGCCUGGUGGUCGGUGACCUGCCCUUCACGCCCUGGGCGCAGCAGCCGCCCCCCGAGGCCCUGGUCCGCCAGGCCGGCCACCUCAUCCGCAGCUUCUUCUUCGGCAGGCAGCGCGUCGCCGAGCGGACUCUGCCGGUGUUUCUCGACUUAUAUUCGGACAUCAUUUUCAACAUCGGCGUGCGCGAGGCGGCUGCCCUUGAAGCCCGCUGGGCGUCGGAGAGGCCGGAGUCACCACACUACUUGUAUCGAUUCUCGUUCGACGGCCGCCUCGGCUUCAUCAAGCGCCUGAUGGGCACCACUGUCCUUCCCCCGAUAUCCCUGUCUGCAGACUCGCCGGACAUGGAGACACGCCGACGACUGCUCACUUUGUGGACCAACUUUGUCAAAUAUGGGGACCCGACACCGAAGAAUUGCACCGACCUGGAUUCCAUUCAGUGGGAAUCAAAUCGAGUCGAUCACGACUUUUAUUUGGACAUAAAUGUUAACUUGACACUGCGCGAACACAUAUUUGAAUCUAGGAUGAAAUUUUGGAGUGACUUGUACCGCGAUGUUUUGAAAAUACCUUUGAGUUGGUGACUGACGAGUGCUGAGUUGUGACAAAAAUG